UCAGGUGAUUGUAGGAUGAUUUCCCCCAGUCACCUGCUAAAGACAAAUGUUCCCAUGCARUGUAAUCCUCUUGGUUGCUUCCAGGUUAUCCGGUGCAGGGCUGCUGUUGCCUGGGCCCCCGGCAAACCUCUCUCUGUUGAAGAGGUGGAAGUUGCACCUCCAAAGGCAGGGGAAGUCCGYAUCAAGAUUGUGGCCACUGGCAUCUGUCACACAGAUGAACGCGUUCGACAAGGCURCUUUCCUGAUGCAGAAUUCCCARUUAUCCCYGGCCACGAAGGAGCUGGAAUUGUGGAAAGCGUUGGAGAAGGAGUGACCUCCAUGAAACCAGGGGACAAAGUCAUCCCACUUUGUGUCCCUCAAUGUGGGAAAUGCAGCUUCUGCCUGAAUCCUGAAGCAAAUAUAUGCCAGAAGUCCACUGUCUGUGAACCACAAAACCUGCUGCCAGACAAGACCAGCCGCUUCUCUUGCAAAGGGAAGCAGAUCCACCACUUCCUGUGGGUCAGCACCUUUGCAGAAUACACCGUGGUCCCAGAGUACGCMGUUGCCAAGAUAGAUGCUGCAGCACCUCUGGACAAAGUCUGCUUGUUUGGCUGUGGGUUUUCCACAGGUUAUGGGGCUGCUAUCAACACAGCCAAGGUAAAACCAGGCUCCACCUGUGCUGUCUUUGGCCUCGGAGGAGUUGGCCUCUCUGUUGUCAUGGGCUGCAAGGUGGCUGGAGCUUCCCGCAUCAUUGCCGUGGACAUCAACAAGGACAAGUUUGCCAAGGCCAAGCAGCUGGGAGCCACCGACUGCAUCAACCCUCAGGACUUCAAGAAACCCAUCCAGGAGGUGCUCACUGAGAUGACCGGGCAGGGAGUGGACUACUCCUUUGAGGCCAUUGGAAAAGCAGAAACCAUGGUUGCUGCCUUGGCUUCCUGCAAUAUGAAUACUGGUGUCUGUGUGAUGGUUGGACAAAUGGAUUCUGGUUUAGACCUAUCCAUCGAUCCCAUGCUUCUGYUGACUGGRCGUACAUGGAAGGGGAGUGUGCUGGGAGGCUGGAAGACAAGAGAAUGUCUUCCCAAAUUAGUUUCCAGUUAUUUGGAGAAGAAAUUCAACCCAGACUUGCUGAUCACACACACGCUGCCGUUUGAUAAAGUGAAUGAAGGAUUUGAGUUGUUACUCACAGGAAAAAGCAUCCGCACUGUCCUGCUCUUCUGAAGGACACAGCCCUGGGAAGCUGAGCAGAGGGACCAGCGCAGCAGAUGCUCUCCUGGCCCAGGCCCUUCUCAAUCAGCACCUCACCUUGUGGGGCACAAGGAGUCAUGAAUGAGGAAUUUGCCUACAUGGAUGUCACUGCUGGUCCUCCUGUGCCUGAACAAGACGCGGAAUGAUUUCUGUCUCAAGAGAACACUUUUACUAAUAAAGGUUUUCUGUCAAACUCA